AUGUCAACGAUAUCAAAAGUGCUUUGUCUCCCCGGAUACUUGCAAAGUGGAAGUACAUUUGCCAAAAAGGCAUCAGGACUUCGCAAGAUUCUAAGUAAACAGCUAAAUAUUGAGCUAGAUUUUAUUAGUCCAUGUCAGCCGAUAAAAUCGAGAUAUGAACUAGGCUUUCCCUUAGCGGCAACAGAGGAGGAGAGCGAUAAAGUAUGGGACACGAUUGUUGCCAACGAAAACAAUUGUAGGUGGUUUGACCAUAGAGGACCUAGUGAUAACCACGGGUUAGAGGAAUCAAUGGAGUUUAUUAUGAAACAUAUUGAGAAGAAUGGUCCUUACGACGGCGUUAUUGGAUUUUCACAAGGUGCAGCUAUGGCGAUUAUGGUUACCAACUCCUUGAGGAAAAUGUUGCCAUCGCAUCCAGAUUUCAAAAUUGGCUUGUUUGUUUCUGGGUUUUGUCUUACGGUACCCAAGCUGGGAGAGACCUUUGAAGGAAUUGAAAAAAUUACCAACUUGAAAGAGUACCAGUCCAAGGUAGAGAUUGCUCCCGAUGCGGCAAAAUAUACACAAUUACAAGACCCUGAUAAUUUUAAUACAGAGAUACUCAUCGUUUACGGCAAGAACGAUAGUAUCGUGUUACCAAUUAGAUCUCAGUAUGUCGCUGGCUUGUAUAAAAAGAAUGUCCACAUAUUCGCACACGAGGGAGCACAUUUGUUACCAAACCAGAAAGCUUUUGUUAAGCCAAUAGCUGAUUUGUUUGAUAAAGCCUUGACUGGGAAAUUGUAA